CACGGCUCCCCCGGCCCCCGCCAGGCGCGGGGCUGCCGCCCGCGCAAGAUGUGGGGGCGCCUCUGGGGGUUCCUGUACAACAAAUACUUUCGGUUCUGGCUGAAGUGGGUCCUGCGGCUGCUGACCGGGAAGUGCGAGCUGCAGCGCGUCCUGGGCGGCGCCGCGGCGGGGGCGCGGCGGACGCUGAGCGUAGAACAUUCACUGGAAUCAUCAAAGAAUAAGGUUUUAAGAAAUGCUGUACAUGUUGAAGAAGCUGAAGUGGAGAAGUGUGUCAGAGAUGUAAUGAAAGAAAAGAGAAUCGAACAGAGGGAUACAGGGUUUAAGGCAAAUCUGCAUAUAUCCUUACUGCAGAUAUCAGGUUAUAAAAAACUGUAUUUGAAUGUGGAAAACCUAAGGAAGGUCCCAUAUGAUUCAGAAAAUGAAGAACACGAGGAACAGUUAAUUGAGCUCUGGAAUUUGCUGAUGCCUCACGAGAAUCUGAAGGCCAGAAUCAGCAAGCAGUGGUGUGACAUUGGCUUCCAAGGCGAUGAUCCCAAAACAGACUUCAGAGGAAUGGGUCUGCUGGGCUUAGUGAAUCUGGUGUAUUUCAGUAAGCAUUACACCAACGAAGCUCGGCAGAUCCUUUCUCGUUCAAAUCACCCAAAGCUGGGAUAUUCCUAUGCAAUAGUUGGGAUCAAUCUGACAGAAAUGGCAUACAGCUUGCUCAAGAACGGUGCUUUGAAGUCUCAUCUGUACAACAUGGUGGCUGGAUUGCCACAGAUGGAGCACUUCCAUCAGUUUUACUGUUAUCUAGUUUAUGAGUUUGACAAGUUCUGGUUUGAAGAAGAACCAGAAAGCAUUAUGCACUUCAACCAGUACAGAGAGAAAUUCCAUGAAAAAGUUAAGGGACUUCUACUGGAUUGCAACGUGAUACUCACCUUACAAAAUACAAAGAAACCAUAACUCCUCUGCAAAAUUUGAGGUUCUGCAUCAAAAAUCAAAUGAUGCAUUUGGAUUGAAGUCUUGUGUGUUUCACCAAAAACUGUUUAACAAUAGAACUUUUUUUACAUUUAAAAAAAAAUUAGCAAAAUUCAGUUAAGAAAGCUUGUACAAUCAACCUCUGUUUACAGGUAUUUAUAUGCUAUUCUCCAAAGGGCAGCUUUUUAAGAAGGAAGUUAAACAAAAACCAGCCAACAAACCAACACAAAAACCAACCCACAAAUCUCAAGAGCCUCUGGAUCACUUGCUUUCACUUUUUUAUUUCUUGAUGCAGGAACAUGAAGCAGGUAUUUAUGCUGCAUCAUGUUUUCUAUGAAGAGGUUUCACAGUUAAUUAUCUUUUAAAAGACAGUUUAAGUUCAACUUUUCAACUUUGAACUUAAAUUCCAACUUUUUAAUGUAAUAGUUCAAGUUAAGUUUGAUUUGUAGAUGAAAUUCCCCUGGUUUUAGGCUUCUUGUGUUCUUGUUCCAUUACAUGUCAUUAUCAUUCACUAAUCAGUGUUAAAUUUCUCUGUAAUUAAGAGGUCCAUGGAGGGGACAUAUUAGUCAUUUAUAAUUUUGGAGAAGAGGCUUAAUCCAUCACCAUACUGAUGUACUUACUAGAAGUUACUUCUGGCUAAGGAAGUUUUUUAGCUGUGGAUUUGUACCAGCCACUUCCUAUGCUUGGAAGAAGUUUAGUUUGCAAAACAAACAAAAAGAACCACAAGUCAUCAGCAUGAGGAUAAGAUUCUCAGGCUAAAGCUACUCUUUCUAAAAGUAUUCCUACUGUAAAAAUUUUUGAUUCUUUAUAAUCUGACUUCAGAUGCUCCGGAUGAAUGACUUUGUAUCUGUUGUCAGCCCCUUCUUCUAGCAGGUAAUGGGGCAUUCUUAGUGGGAAGUACAAGAGACCUAGUUUAGCCCUUUUAUAAAUUUUAAAGAAAAACCUUUAUUGCAGCUGCAAUCCUUAUUUUGUGAAAUUAAAUUCACAUCUGAGUACUAGCCUCUAACAAAGAUGUGUUUUCCAUGGAAGGGUGCAACUUUGAUGUGUACCUUAACCUUACCAUCCUCUGACAAUCUAGUCAUUAGGACUUCUUGUCUAUAUUGUGACUAAUUAUUGCUUAGAGCAACUUUAAAUGGAUUUGGCAUGACCAUCAUUUCAUUUUCUAAGAACUACUACUAAAUAAGUGCCUUCUGCUUUUUUCAGUGUCUUUUAUUUUGAUUCUGUAACCAGAUCACAGCCUUAGAAACUUGAUUUAUUUGAGAAAAAUUCUUUCACGAGGUACCUAAAUAGCUCACAGUGGCACAAAAUUUGUAUGCUAAUACAAGCUUUCAUGACUUUAUUUUUUUUUAAAAUCAUCUCAGGUAAACUAGUUGUAGUCAAUGACUAGUCAUGAAGAGAUUCCUGAAGAAUACAAGCAUUGAACAUGAGAAGGAAAAAAAAAAAAAAGAGACAAAUCCCUUUUUCUAAUGAGUAUUGUUACACUACAUAAGUAUGAAAUAUAUUAUAAUAUGUGGUACUGCAUCUCUUAGAGAUCAUCAAAACCCAGCUGGACUUGGCCCUAAGCAGCCUGUUCUGAGGGACUCUGCUUUGGGCAGGAGAUUGGACUUCAUGAUCUGCAGAGGUGCCUUCCCACCUCAGCAAUUCUGUGAGUCUGUAUUGUGUAACUGAUGACUUGUUGCACUGCAUCCACCCACGUGCUCUUGAUCCCUUUAAGUGUUGGUCAUCCCUUGCUUGUGGGAAAGCUCCUGGAUCAGGGUAGACAGUACACGUGUAGGAGGAGGUAACACAGUUCUGUUUUCUUUUUAUGGUACUUUAGGUGUAGAUGAGAGUGUAACAAGUCUAACGUGUGCAGGGUGGAGAAGGGCUCAUCUCACCUGUGUUGGGUUGGAUGCUGUUCCACUUGGGGAAAAAAAAAAAAAGGAAAAGCACUGUGAAGCUGCUCAGAGGGAGAGUGUUUACGGUUGUGCCCUGGCUUGUAAACCGAGCAGUUAAACUGACCACAUUAGAUACAAAAC